AUGCCAACAUUUAAAACGGGAAACGAUCCCAGGAAUGAUUGGUUGAAGUGGAGAAGAGCGUUUGAACGAUUUAUAAAAGCUAAUGAUAUAGAUUCCGACGUGGAGAAAUAUGACCUCUUACUUGUGUUAGGAGGUAUCGAGCUCCAAUCGUAUUACGACAAAGUUCUCAAAUGGGACGUAAGAACUCCAUCAAAUGAUGAAAGUGGAGAACUGGUAUCUCUGAAAUAUGAUUCGGCUAUUACAUCACUCGACAAGUACUUCGUACCCCAAACACAUAAGCGUUUCGAGCGACACCUUUUGCGAUCCAUGAAACAAGAAGAUCAAGAACCAUUUGAAGAAUUUGUGUUUAGAUUACAAGAUCAAGCGAACAGAUGUGCAUUUGUGGAUGUUGAUGAUAUGCUCGUCGAUCAAAUAAUUGAAGGGUGCAAGUCAUCCGAUCUCAGAAAGCGACUUUUAACAGAGGACAUGACACUGAACAGUUCGAUCACUCUAGGGAAAACACUCGAAGAAGUGCAGAAACAAACCAAAGAAUUUGAGAAGCUACCACCGAUGAUCGUGCAGCGAAUUUCGGACUACAAAUCUGCAUCGUCAAGCAGGGACAAUCGGGGUGGGGACCAAAGAUUUGUGAGAAAAUGUUACAACUGCAACAGACCAGGACAUGUUGCAAAAGAAAGCGAAAAGUGUCCAGCAAGGAACUCUGCGUGUCAUAAUUGUGGUACGAAGGGUCACUUCAGAAUAUGUUGCCGUAAACGAAAACGAGAUGAUACCAAUAUUCGUAAAGCAUUCCUAUACAAACGUGUCAACGCAAUUGAGGCGGGAAAUGAGGAUAAUAAAGCUGUAUUUUUUGUUAAUAAUAAUGAUCUGAGUGAAAUACUUCGUAUGGACAUUGGGGGAAUAUCUACGUUGAUUGUUGGUUGA